AUUAUUGUAUACUUUGCUCGAAUCACAAGUAUAUAAAACGAACGAUAUGAGGUGUGGACUAAUUGUGGUUAUAUUGAUCGGUAUAUUGGCUUAUAUGACCUUUGCAGAAGAAACUGUCGAGCCUGAACAGUGUAAUGGCCCACCUCCCUUGGACCGUCAAAGCAACCCCGACAAAUGCUGUAAAAAACCUGUUUUCAAGCCGAAUGUACAGGGUUGUUUGAAAAAGACACGUGAGAUAUUAAUGAAACGCUAUCAUGAGGCACGUGAAGGACCUAAAGAAGAUCAAGCAGACAGCACAGUUGUCGGUGAUGAUGUGUGCAUGGCUAACUGUUUAACUAACAACGAAAUUUUCCAAAAUGAUGAAAUCAACCGGGACGAAUUAAUUAAGGCUCUAGAAAGUCAAUCCGAAGAUAGUGCUUGGGCGUCCAUUCAUUCGGAUGCGGUUGAUAAAUGCAUUGAAGUUUUGCAAUCCGAUUUCAAAAACAUUCAACCGUCUAAAUCAGGACGCCGGUGUAAUCGCGCGUCAGUGUUGAUGAUGAUUUGUUUAAAUGGCCAAUACGUUGUUAAAUGUCCAGAAACGAACUUCCAAAACGAUGAUGAAAAUUGCAAGAAAUUGCAAGAGCAUAUCAAAACUUGUCCGAUGCCACGAUUAGGACCUUGGGGACACGGAAAUGGUAGGAAAGGUAGAAAGGAACGCAGCAUUAACAUGCCAUUGGUCCAGGUCCAUGGGUACCAAUGAGAAUUGGAAUGUAAUUUUGACCUUUUAUUUUUCUCCGCCUAUAAUAUGAAUAAAGAAAUUUGAAAUAGUUUAUGCAACCAGAAUCCUUUGAAGAUAUUUUA